UGUCUCAUCACAACGCACCUUCAGCCAGUUGGCCUAUCGUAUGUAUAGCAUAUGCGUUUGCUUAGCUACGGAAGUGUAGAUACUUAGUGCCGCGCGACCGUGUCAAAAAGCUCAGUACGUGAAUGGUUUUCGUGUGAAGCGGUUGCUUGAAAAGUGAAGCGGCACAUUUUCGCUGGGGAAUAUACCGUUUGCACCGUUAGUUUGUUAGUUUUGAAAAAAGUUUGAGCAACCAUAGCCGAAAUAGUGAAAUAUUUGGAGUGUGUUUAGAAAAACAAGCAGCGAAAAAUAAAUAAAACCACAGACACACAAUAUCUUACAAACGUAGCUGAAUAGCUUUUUAGGUUUGAUAAAGUUUUGUUUCAAACUGAUCAACUGAUUUGGAAUAAUCAAAGAAUUGGCAGCGAUUCAGGCGGCGCAUGGGCUCAUUCAGCACAAAAAGUCGCUACAUAUAGAAAACUUAGAAAUCGUAAACAAAUUGCAAGUCAUAAUUUUUUAAGAAACAAUACAUAGGCUGUGCGCGAAAAACAAAAAAUGGCGGAUAUGAACGCAACAGAUAGUGACGUAUGGAAUUUCCUAUUCGUCGAAUUGGCUGAUCCACGUACAAAUGAUUGGUUUCUAAUUAAGUCGCCGGUGCCGAUAUUCUCCAUUGUUGCGUUGUAUUUGUAUUUUGUGCUCUCUUGGGGACCGCGUUAUAUGCGCGAUCGCAAACCAUUCAAAUUGGAAAAGACUUUGAUCGUGUACAAUUUCAUACAAGUAUUGGUUAGCGCAUGGAUGGUCUAUGAGGGUUGCGUGGCAUGGCGAAACUAUAAUUGGCGCUGCCAGCCUGUGGAUCGUUCGUACAAUCCACAAGCCGUGCGGGAAGCGCGUGGUGUCUACGUCUACUAUUUGGCGAAAAUCAGCGAAUUAUUGGAUACCGUAUUCUUUGUGCUGCGUAAAAAUGAACGUCAAGUCACAUUUCUGCAUGUCUACCAUCACUCGGUAAUGCCAUUGAUCUCAUGGGGCACCACCAAAUAUUAUCCCGGCGGCCAUGGCACCUUCAUCGGUUGGAUAAACUCUUUCGUGCACAUCGUUAUGUACACCUACUACUUCUUAUCGGCAUUCGGACCAAAAAUGCAAAAAUAUCUGUGGUGGAAAUCACACAUUACCACACUCCAAAUGGUUCAAUUCUGCAUGGUCUUCAUUCACCAAACACAGCUGCUCUACACCGAUUGCGGUUAUCCCAGAUGGAGCGUGUGCUUCACCCUGCCCAACGCCAUUUUCUUCUACUACCUCUUCAAUGAUUUCUACCAGAAAUCGUACAAAAAGAAACAGCAAGCACAAGCGGAUGCUUUGAGCGCCAAAUGCGCCGCUGCCGCGGCUGCCACAGCCAAUGACAACAACAACGAUGUGGGCGCGAAGAAUCUGAAUGGAGUACCGGCAAUCACGACGAACAAUGUACAAGCGAAAAAGAAUCUGUAAAACUCGACGGCGUUAAAGCUGUUAAAAGGAAUUCCAAAGCUUUUGGGAGAAUGAAAGAAAACAAAAUGGCCGCUGUGUCGACGCCGCUCCUGCCAGGCUGUCAGCCAGUCACACCUCUAUCUCAGUCGUAUAAAUGGUAUUAUUUUUAAGCGCAAUCAAAUCAAAUAUUUCUUACUCGCUUCACUUGCCUAAUUUUCAUAGUUUUAAGUACGUUUAUGUGUAUGUAUGUCUUGAUAUAUCGCGUUUGGGGGUUUUAGUUCAUAAUUGUUAGUAGUUAUGUAAGCAUCACUUAAGCCGGUUAUUUUUAAUUGAUUUAUGUACAUAUUCACUGCAAGGAUUCUGAAACAAAAAGUUAGUAAUACUUAUGUAAUCCAUGUAAUACUACACGAUUUAUGUCUAAGUCAAAUCGAGUCAUUUAAAAGUCUUGUUGCAAUUUGUAUGUACAAUGUCAGUAAUUUGCUUAGGAAAGUUCAUAAUGAAUUUUCUUAACUCCAGCAAAUUGUAAGUCAAUAUCGCGCUUGUACCUUAAGUUAAGGAAAAAACAAUUUAAAAUGCAAUAAAAUAUUGUAUGUAUGAUUGUAAAUAUUAUAAACAAUUCUAUGCGUAUCUAUUUUUAGUUUUAUGUACCGGUACAUAAAUAUUAAGUCGCAUGCGGAAAUAAAAUUAUUUUGUAUUUAACGAUA